AGACCAAUCAGCUCGCAAUAGAAAUGUUGUGAUGGAGAAACUUCGGUUAAUGCCAUGGGAUUGAACCAAAACCUCUACAUACUUCAUUUUCUAAACUAUAUUAUUACUUUGCAAUACUUUUCGUGCUCAAAAGCCCAAGAAUAACAAUGGCUUGGGAGCUCAGAGUCUUACUUAAGUAAGAUACGGGGUCGCAAAAAGGAAAGAAAGAAUAAAACAUGAUAUAAGAAGGGAGUUCGGGUAAAGGUGUUUUCAAAGCCACCGCGUCCGUGAAUGCGCUUGUUGCAUCCUUGUGAAGUUGUGGUUUCUGUAACGAAACGGACGCGAGAGACAGUACUGUUGUAACUGUGCAUAAGUUGAAUGCACGAAAGAGGUCACGACAUUCAGCACAACAAUACACAAAACAGUUUAGGAGGAAGCUGUAAUUGAGAAUUCUCUUCACCACUAAGUGGAUAUUCUUUGCUGCUGUUUUAUUUUGCCUAAAUCUCCCCCUGUGUGCAAGAAAUAGCCGGGGGUUACCAUUCACUGGCCGGGCGUGGGAUUGAACGCAGGUCCGCAAGAUUGCCAGACCAGCCCCCUUACCGCUGCACCAGCACAGCUCUAUGAUUUUAGUGGCAGAAUCCAUCAUGGAUGAAGGCUUGCUUUCUUUGCGGUGGAAUGAUCAUGGCCUUGCUUUCUUCAAUAUGCUCUCGAAUAUUAGAAAGGAUGAGUCCUUUUGUGAUGUGACUCUGACCUGCGAUGGAUACUUCUAUCCUGUCCACAAGUUUGUUCUCUCUACGUGCAGUGAUUUCUUUUACCAAAUAUUUGAAAAAACACCAUGCAAACACCCAGUGAUAAUAAUUGCAAAUGUAAGCCGUAAAGACUUGGAAGCUUUAUUAAAUUACAUGUAUUUAGGAGAAGUCAGUGUUUUUCGGACAGAAUUGAAAAGUCUUGUGAAGGCUGCUGAGAUACUGAAAGUAAAAGGUUUGGCAGAACAAACAGAAAAUUCAUCUGGAAAUGAAAAUAAAGUGAAACGUUCAUCUUGGGAAGCAGACCAGCCAGAAUCCAAACGGACAAAAUCUGAAGAUUAUUCCUCAAUUCAUACAAAACAAAAAGAAUCUGAAAGGCCUGCGCAUGUGAAGGAUUCAGCCACAAGAGCAAAGGUAUUAGACACUGAAGCAUUAAAUGACCAAGAUGCAAAAGGCUCUGAAGUAACUGCAGAUGAUUCUCUGGACUCAGUGGGAGAGCUUACAUCUGCAGAAAUUUCAGAUUUAAGGAGAAAUGAAUCCAGUAGUGAAUCCAACCAAGACCUUCCAGAGGUGAAGGUUGAGGAGGUGUUUGUGAAAGAGGAAUUCUCUGACCCCUGGUAUGAGGAUGCCGAGGUGGGGGUCGGUGAGUAUCAGUAUGACACUGCAGUAGCAGGCCUUACCUAUGGCCCGCCUCAGGCUGCUUUCCAAGACAACGGCUCCCCCUGGGACCUGGCGACGACGCAGCUGCAGGCCAGGGAAAGCCGUCUGUCCGUGCGUGCCACAGGAGCUUCCAGGUUGCAAGGG